AAUGCAGCACUAUGGGCAUAUUGAAGGCAGUAAUUCGAAACCAAUUUUUCUUCUUACUGGUUCGACAUCAAAUCUGCCAGAUUUGAAUACUUCAGCUUCACCAUCUACAGUGUUUCAGCAGCCUUUCACGGAUUUGCAGCAAGUGCAAUUGCGUGCUCAGAUCUUUGUUUAUGGAGCUUUAAUUCAAGGAACAGCACCUGAGGAGGCACAUAUGAUAUCAGCUUUUGGUGGACCUGAUGGUGGGAAGAGCAUUUGGGAGAUUGCCUUGCGUGCCUGCAUGGAACGGUUGCACGGUCAGAAGUCACAACCCAUCAUUCCUGAAACCCCUUUGCAGUCGCGUCUGGGUGUGAGGGCUUCUGAACAAGCAAUUAAACAAGCUUCACUUCAAAGUAAAGGUAUCUCCUCACCUCUUGGUCGAACCAGCAGCAAGGGUAUUCCAGCAGUUGUAAAUUCAAUGAUACCCCUCUCAUCACCACUGUGGAGUAUUCCUACCCCUUCUUGUGAUGCCCUACAAUCUAGUGUCAUGCCAAGAGGUUCAAUCAUGGAUUAUCAACAGGCACUGACUCCAUUGCAUCCUUAUCAAAGUCCAGUUAGAAAUUUUGUUGGACACAACACGUCGUGGAUAUCUCAGGUCCCCUUUCAUGGUCCCUGGAUGGCUUCUCCACAAACUUCUGCACAUGAUGCUAGUGCUCGUGUUUCUGUGUUGCCUAACUCAGAAACAAUUAGAUCAACGCCAAUAAGAGAACUAUCAAUGCCACAAUCCUCGGCAGUAAAACAUGUCCCUGCUGGUCCAAUAGUUCAUAGUGGGGUUCCUACUAGUGCUCUCCUGGUUGAUCCAAAAGUAGCAGCAGUAACGCCUGGACAGAAUUCUAAAGAUUCAAAGCCUAGAAGAAGGAAAAAGGUUCCAGUUUGUGAGGAUCUUGGCCAGUUUGUUUUGCAAAGUCAAUCUCAACCAAAACCAGUUUCAACUCCUGUUACUAGUCACCUGUCUACCUCUGUGUCUGUUACAACUCAAACUGGCUUUGCUUCUAAAACCACUUCAGAGAAAUUCGUUAUAUCCGAGUCUCCUAUGUUGUCUGCUGAGAUCCUCAAAAGGGGAGACCAAGACAUAGAGCAGAGGGCUGCUUUGUCAGAGGAGACCCUUGGUAAAGUUAAGGAGGCUAGGUUACAGGCAGAAGAUGCUGCUGCUCUCUCUGCUGCUGCAGUUAGUCAAAGUCAAGAAAUAUGGAGUCAGAUGGAAAAGCAAAAAAAUUCUGGUUUGGUACCAGACGCUGAAGCUAAAUUAGCUUCUGCUUCAGUUGCAAUUUCAGCAGCUGCUGCUGUUGCAAAGGCAGCUGCUGCAGCUGCAAAUGUUGCAUCAAAUGCUGCAUUGCAAGCGAUGCUAAUGGCGGAAGAAGCAUUUGUUGCAAACGGUUAUGGUCAUCCUGGUCAAAAUAAUGGAACUUCUCUAGGAAAAGCUACUCCCUCAUCUAUCUUGAAGGGUGAAAAUGGAACAAAUAGUUCGAGCUCAAUUAUUAUUGCUGCCAAGGAGGCUGUUAGAAAGAGGGUUGAAGCUGCUUCAGCUGCUGCUAAAAGAGCUGAAAAUAUGGAUGCAAUUGUUAAAGCUGCUGAGCUGGCAGCCGAGGCUGUAUCACAAGCUGGGAAGAUUGUUGCUAUGGGUGAUCCUUUGUCAUUACGUGAACUGGUAGAAGCUGGUCCAGGUGGCUAUUGGAAAGUUUCCAGAGAUUCUUCAGAGCUAAUUUUGAAAUCUAGUGACAGGAAUAGAGAUUUAAAUAAUGAUAGUGUUAUAGGAGGUCCAUAUACUUCUACAAAGUAUUCAAAAGAGGGACCCUCAGAUAAGCAAAUAACUCAGAUUACUGCACAGGAAAUAUCAUCAAUUCUAACCGAGCUGCCGAGGGAAUCAUUGGAAGAUCAUAGUAGAUUGGUAGAUGGCAUUUCAGGUACUGUUACCGCUAAUGAAAAGGAUUCAAGAGGACAAAAGGGCCGAAAAGUUUCUGAUUUGGCCAAGACUAUUGAUGUGGUUCCUGAGUCUGAGAUUGGAUUAAGAUCUUCCAUCACCGUUAGGAAGGAGUAUGCAAAUGCUGUGGAAACCUUUAAACAGAAUAGCAUCAAGGAGGGUUCACUUGUAGAGGUUCUGAAAGAUACAGAUGGAUUUAAAGCAGCUUGGUUCACAGCCAAUGUAUUGAGUUUGGAUGAUGGGAAAGCUUAUGUGUCUUAUACUGAACUUCAAACAGAUGUUGGGGAAGGACAGCUAAAAGAAUGCAUUGCGCUUCAAGGUGAAGGAGACAAGCCACCAAAAAUACGUGCUGCCCGUCCUGGUACUGCCCUGCGAUAUGAAGGAACGAGGAAGAGACGUAGAGCAGCCAUGGGGGAUUAUAAUUGGUCUGCUGGAGAUAGAGUUGAUGCAUGGAUUAGAGACAGCUGGUGGGAAGGUGUUGUCACUGAAAAGAACAAGAAAGAUGAGACCGCAUUAACUGUCCAUUUUCCAGCUCAAGGAGAAACAUCAGUCGUGAGAGCCUGGCAUCUUCGGUCAUCUCUCGUUUGGAAGGAUGGUGAAUGGAUUGAGUGGUCCAAUUUGCGAGAAAAUGCCUGUGCUUCUCAUGAGGGUGAUACGCCACAGGAAAAACGACUCAAAUUGGGCAGUCCGGCAGCAGAGGCCAAAGGGAAGGAUAAGAUGUUAAAAAGUAAGGAUGUAGAAACAGGAAAACCUGAAGAAUUAAGACUACUGGAUUUAUCAGCGAAUAAUAGGAUUUUUGAUGUUGGUAAGAACAGCAGAAAUGAGAAAAAGCCUGAUGGUCUCAGAACAAAACGAACUGGUUUGCAGAAGGAAGGAUCGAGAGUGAUUUUUGGUGUUCCUAAGCCUGGAAAGAAGAGAAAAUUCAUGGAAGUAAGCAAACAUUAUGUUGCGGGUCAGAGCAAUAAGAUUACUGAAGCAAAUGACUCUUUCAAAUUACUCAAAUAUUCGUUGCCUCAAGGAUCAGGAUCCCGUGGAUGGAAAAAUAGUUCUAAAAGUGAUUUGAAGGGAAAACAGCUUACUGAAACCAAGCCCAGAGCUCUUAAGUCUGGAAAAGCGCAAAGUGUCCCUAGUAGAAUUAUUCCAGCUAAGGACAACCUUUUGGGUGCAGUUUCUGCUCCUGAUGGUGGUUCUCUGACAGAUCAUUCAGCGAAAGGGAAGGAUUCUGCAAGUCAUGCUGAGAAUUUAGCAGGAAAGAACAAGAUGGAAAUUGGAUCACUUUCUAGCCCUGAAGGAGUCACAGAGGCCCCGCUUUUAUUUACUUCCCUGGCUCCCUCAUCUGAUGGAUCCUCCAGGAAAGUUUCCACCUCAAACAAGAAAUCAGAAAGAGCGAAUAGAGGAAAACUUGGCCCUGCUAGUGGAAAGUUGUCUAGAAUUGAAGAGGACAAAGUUUUUAAUGGCAAUCCUGCAAAACCAACCUCUGAAACUGUUGAGCCUCGUAGAUCAGUUCGCAGAAUUCAACCAACUUCUAGACUGCUAGAAGGACUGCAAAGCUCAUUGAUCAUCUCAAAGAUUCCUUCUGUUUCGCACGACAAGGGUCACAAGAGUCAUAAUAAGAGUGCAUCUAGGGGGAGUAACAAUGGUUGAAAGGAGAAUUUGCUAUGGAGGGCUCCAGUCCUGAAAAUUUUAGUCUUUGAAUGACCAACACACCAAGCUUAGUUUGUGUAUAUUUAUAGUAGGGAAGGGUUAGGAAUGGAAAUUCUUGCUUCCUGUUGUUUAGUCAAUAUCUAGUGGGUAGAUAAUAUUGGUUUUAAUUUCUUCAAAAGUAUAAUCUAGAUCCUCCCCUAAUAGGUUGUAUAUGGAAAUUUCUCCAUGUAAUUGGGCUUUAAAUUACUUAGGAAGUUUGUAGAUGAUCAAUCAGGAGAUGCUGCUGCUUCUUUUCUUGCUGA